AUGUUUCUUAUGAGAGGUGCUCGGGGACCCACGCACGUGGCCAUGGCUAAGCAGUAUUGUGUCGUUCUUCCCUCCAUCCGGCCAGAUUCACUGGACCCCUCUUACCUGUUGCUUGGUAUGCCACCCCUUCUCUCCCCACUAAAUCCCCCCACACGCCAUACCCCCCCUCCCUCCUCUCAUCCCCUGCCUCUCUUCCCCCGUACCCUUCUCCCCAGCUACUCCUGCAUUGUGGAGCAUCUAGCAUCGAGCCUCCCUGCUGGCACCAUCCGGCUCAACUCCCGGUGUCACAGAUUCAUUGGACCCCUCUUACUUCUGUCACUGGGCGUGCUUAAGGAGAGAGCUGCUGGGAAGGACGCCGAUUCCCUGCCCGAGCGGAACCUUUUCUGCCCGCCUCUGCCCGAGACGAAACUUGGGGCCAUUCGGCGGCUCGGAUUCGGAGUGGCUGAUAAAGUGUUUUUGGAAUUCCCAGAGCCAGCAGUAUUUGGAGAGGACACAGCAGAGCUGGAGAUAGUGUGGGAUGUGCUGGAACAACCCCUCACUCCUCCAACACACUGGCCUGGGCCCUGGUGGGACUCAGAUGCUGCCCAAGCUGAUUCUAGUGCUGAUGCGAAUGCUGCUGGGAAUGCUGCUGAUGCCUUGGCCCGCUUCCCUGCGUGGACUCGCAAGCUCUUCUCCUUUCACCCGGUCAACGCGCAGUCGCGAGUGGUGCUGGCGUGGAUAGCAGGGAAAGAGGCUUACGACAUGGAGUCGUGGGACGGGGAAGAGAGGACAGGGGAGAGCCAGUGUGAGCGUGAGAAUGGCGCAAGCACCUGUAAUGGCGGCAAGGCUGCCAACGGGUGGACGGCACAAGCUGAUUCUGCUGAGGGCGCUGCUGGUGCUGCUGCUGGUGAUGAGGGUGUAUCAGCUCAUCUGACAACCACCGCCACCACCUCCCCCACGCCUCCUCACUUCAACCGCACGCUCUGCAAUGUUAUCCGGCAUUUCCUCCCGAAAGAAACCGCCUCACGGCUUCCGGAGGCUGUGGCUGGGCUGCGCACGCAGUGGGGGUCGAACCCUCUGUUCCGAGGGUCGUACUCGUUUGUGCCUCCUGGGGGAUCUGGGGAGGACUUGAACAUUAUGGCUCUGCCUGCUCCUGAACCGGAAGAUUUUAAUCUCGCGAGCCUCGCGCAUCUUCCGGCGUUCACCACGCUCGCGUUGUUCGACGAGACAUGGCUGAAGCUCGAAGGCGACGGUUCGCACCCCUUUCCAUUCGACCAGCUGCCGUCUCUGAAAUCCGUGGAGUUCGACGCGAACAGUCCGCGAUUCGAGUUGAUGUUUCCGUCGGGAGUUUCGUGUAGCCGUCUCGAGCGGCUGCUUCUUAAUGACUCUGACAAUCUGGACCGUCUUCCUGACGACAUAGGAGAGCGGUUGCCGCGCCUCCGGUACCUGAGCAUUCGCCGAUGCGAGAAUCUUUCCGAGCUGCCCGAGCAGUUCGCUUCCCUAAGCUGCCUGCGUGAGCUGACGAUUUCGUCGUGCAACAUGGUCAAACUGCCCGAAAACUUUGGAGAGCUGCCCGCUGUGAAAGUGCUGACGCUGAACUUCCUGCCAAUCUCGACUCUCCCAGAUUCAUUCUACCAGCUUACUUCUCUGGAAACCCUAAAUUUGUCUUACUGCAAUGCACUCUUCGCGCUGCCUGACAGGUUCGGUUUCCUCACCGCACUCAACUCCCUCUGCAUCCUCAACACCCCGUACAUGAAACUCCCAGACGACAUAGGCGCACUCACCAAUCUCCACACUCUCCGUCUAGCAGAGAAUUUCCCCCAGCAGCUGCUUCCAUCCUCGUUCACGCAGCUAUCCUCCCUCACAAGGCUCGAUCUCAUUCAGUGUAUGAUCACAGAACUUCCAGAAGACCUGGGGAAGCUGAGUAAUCUGCGAGAGUUGACGAUCCAAUCCUGCUCUAAGAUUGAAACCCUUCCUGAUUCUCUCACUGACCUUGUCAACCUGAACGUGCUGAAAGCCGUGGACUGUGACAGCCUUGCUUCAAUCCCCACCACCUUGAGCAACCUUGCAAGGCUGAAAGAACUGGCUCUAGCCAAGCUCCCCCAGGUAGCUCAAUUAUCGAAAUCCCUACCCUGCUCCCUCGAGAUUCUCUCCAUAGGAAGCUUCCUGCGGCUCACCCCUCUGCUGGAAAUCCCUUCUCUGCCUAGGCUGAGGAAGCUGAGCUUGACUAGUGUUGGGCUCAUGCGGGGGCUGGCAGCCGGCGUGAUGAUGCUCUCUUGUCUGGAGGAAUUAGAGCUGAGGUUGAUUGGAGAGGCAGAGGAGCUCCCUUUGCCUCUGGAGGUUCUUUCCAACCUCCGCAGCUUGACAAUUCACAGCACUGGACGCAUGAAGAAGCUUCCGGAAGGGUUAGGUUCGGCCUUGCGGCAGCUGAGGCGGUUGGAGAUACAUCGGGCAGUAGAUCUAACGGACCUGACGGACAGUUUCACUGAGCUUCAAUCCCUGACGUCCGUUGAGAUCCAUGCACCGAAGCUUCCCUCUCUCCCGGACGGCAUUGGGGCGUUGUCUCGGCUGCGGCAGCUGAAUCUUGAAAACUGCUCAUCGCUGACCGAGCUCCCUGCUUCUCUCACGCAGCUUUCCUGCCUGCAUGAGGUGAACCUCCGCUUCACGCCCAUACGCUUCUUGCCUUGCCAGUUCGGACAGGUGAGCCGGCUGAAGGAGCUUAGUCUGGAUGGGUGCAAGCAGCUGACCUCUCUGCCUGUGGAUUUCACCCAGCUCAAGAUGCUUCAAAAGUUGUCCUUUUCAGAGUGUGGCGAGAACGAGAUCGAAGCCCCAGGUGUUGCGAAUAUGUACGGGUUGCAGCUGGACCCUAGUCCUUUAUAG